AUGGCUUCUUCUAAGCAGGUUCAGGUCACAGCUUGUAUUCUAUGGCUUCUGUUCCUCACACUUCCAUGUUCUUCUUCCACUGAAUCACUCUAUCAGCAUUCUUUGGUUGUUGGUGAAAAUGCUACCUUAGGAUUGUCUCAUGGUAUGCCAGUCGGAAAAUCUCCAAGUUCUAAGCCUGGCGCUUCGGUGUUGUGUGAACGAGUUCUUGUCUAUGGAUUGUCAAGGCUUAAACAUCUGGAUAAGUUUGCCAAUACAGUGAAGGUGAAGAUAUCAACAACAUCAAGAUUUCAGACUUUUGAGGUUUGUUUCCAUAGAAAUACGUCCCGUGGGAUAGGAAUGUGCCCUGACAGCCAGUGGGAGAAAGUUUCCAAGGGGUCCUGGUCUGGAUCCAUGUCACCUUUUGAGCACAAACUCUUAGCUAUACGAACAGCUGGUUCAUCCUUACAGAAUUUUGAAGUGUUCAUUAAAGAAGAAUUUUUCUUAUCUCGCUUAAUAUUUUUUGUAUCUGGCAUAGUCCUGAUGACCUUGGCGCCUUAUCUGAGUAACUCAUUAGUGUUUUAUUACAGCAGCGGAAUGACAAUAGGGGUGGUUCUUGUAAUAUUGAUUUGGACACGAAGUUUUUUCCUAAUGAUUUUCCUUCUUCAGGUAAUGAAGCUUCUCCCAACUGGUCGGAAGAAUUCACUCGCAAUUUUCGUCUUGUCAUCUGUGGUUGGUUUGGGAUCUUUUCUCCUCCGCUACAUCCUAGGACUACUAAGUUCAGUACUCAUAGAGCUUGGAAUUAGUGAGGAUAUGUAUAAUGUUUUGGCCAUCUUUCUUCUGGCUUUUGUUUUUCCGGCUGGAGCGUCGUUGGGAUUCUGGACAGUUUGUAAAAUGGCCUUGAACGAAGAUGGAUCAAUUGAUUCUCGCACAUCUCUGUUUGUUUUGUGGACCAUUCGCUUCGUAGCUGUAAUUUUUCUUUCACAGAGUUCCAGCUAUCAACUACUGGCAGCAGGAGCUAUAAUGGUACAUUUUUUUGAGAAAAUAGAUAACUUCAUUACUUAUCUAUGGUCAGAAGGCACGUAUAUCAUAAGUUGUCUCAUACCAAAUUCUUGAUGGCACAAGCCGCCAAGCAUAU